AUGUCUUGCCUUUCCUCAAAGCGCCAGAGGGAACACGAGGAGUUUCCCGCCUACAAUGUGGACUUAUUCCGAGAGAAGAAGAAGCACCGUUCCCUGCCUCUACGCAGUCCUCGGAAGGCUGGCCAGAGCUCGAAGCUCGUCGAAGCAAGUCCGCGAAACCCGCUCUCAGUCUAUCCAUACUCCGCGUUGACUCCUGUCGAAACCUCCUCCGAAGAUGAUUCCGACAGCCUAUACCUUUCUAGCCCGAACCUCAAUAAAUCCCAGUUGUUCCAACGAAGCUCUCAUGCCUCUGGGUUCGACUUCGACGCGUCCAUGGACAUGGACGUAUCGGAAGAUUCAGGUUCGAUAAACAAAGACGCGAAAAACCAGCUGCCAGCCUCUGUGUUUGAUGGGGAUGCACGGAACCAUUCAUCAAACACGCAUAGUAUUAUCCACCAUUCACCCAGUCCAAGCCACAUCGCAGCAACGCCAUGCGAUUCGUUUAAUUCACAACAGCCAACCCUCCCUAUAAUAUCGGUAUCCGACUCUACGAUAUCUCCCAGUCAUUCUGUUCAGUUAACCGGGGAUACCCUAUGGUGGCGUUGCCCGCGCCUGCUUAGCCCAGUGAGCGAUAAUGGAGAUGGCAUACCAGGCGCGAAAGACUCCUCGGAUGAUUCAGAAAUGGUAUAUGACAUCUCUCCUAUAGAAUCGCUUCCGUCGCUGGGAUCGGGGAAUUCGUCCGCCAUGGAUGCUGAGGCUGCUGACAUGCGGCAGCGGCUGUCAUCGCUGGACCUACCGGGUCAAGCGAAUAUAAAGCCAAAUGGGCACCUCAAGCCGCCCAAAAAGCCGGGAUUCUCAAUGGGCUAUCGUGCCGACUGCGACAAAUGUCGUCGUAAAGUGCCUGGACAUUACAGCCAUAUCAUUGGGUGCUGA